GGUACGUCAUAUUAUUGAUUAUAAAUACUAGUUUUAGUUGUGUCUACUGUCUAGUAAUAGUAUUCAAUAUUUACCUAAACAAUAGACAUAUUAUAAAUUAUUUACAAAGUAAUUAUUUUCUAAGGCGUAACUAGAUACUAUAAAUAAAUAAAUAGUUUGUUAAUGCCUAUCUACUGCGUACAAUUUAAUAUUUAUGAGAUCGACUAAAUAGACUGUUUAUGUGACCCACUGAAAACCGACCACUUCCAGUUUUUAUUUACGUAAACUUGUUUGCACAAUAAUUGGCGUAGUUUUAUGACGAAAAAAAUCUAGUAAUAGUAAUAGCAGUAUUAUAGUCAUACUCUCUUUCAUCACCUUCGUCACUCUGCACUCAACCGUCAUCGUCAUCAUCUUCAUUACAUCAUCAUCACCGUUAUCAUCAUUUCGAUGCGUUUUAACAAUAUUGUCGAGGACUCUUAGAACCGGUAACGGUUACGGAUUUUUAAAUUAAAAUGAAGCUUAAAGUCAACGAGGAUCUGCAGAAAGAACGCCUAAAGUGUACAUUUAACACGGAGGAACUUACAAAUUUUUUGGACGGAGAUGCUAAUAAAACACUUAGUAGAAGAAAACUUGAAUCAUUUUUUCUGUCCGAUCUGAAUUUGAAAGAUAAAAUUCCUAUGGAAUACCUAAGUCACAAAGAACGUUAUGAAGAAGCUGUGCGUAAAAGUUGUAUUUUAUUCAAAAAAGUCAAUGAAUGGCAACAAAGUGGUGAUAGUGGUAGCAAUUCAAUGGAGGUUUAUAAAUCACUUCUCGGAGGAUCAGUGGGUAGUGCAAUAAUUAAAGAUGAGAUUAUAGGCACUUAUGCUCAGACUGAACUCGGUCAUGGAACAUUUAUUCGAGGCUUAGAAACAAUUUGUACUUAUGAUCCAGCUACAGAAGAAUUUGUUUUGAAUAGUCCUACAUUAACAUCGUAUAAAUGGUGGCCCGGUGGACUUGGACAUACUUGUAACUAUGCAGUUGUAAUAGCUCAACUUUAUACACAAGGAAAAUGUCAUGGAAUCCACCCAUUUAUAGUUCAACUCAGAGACGAAGAAACAUGGAACCCUAUGCCUGGCAUAAAAAUUGGUGAAAUUGGUGGCAAAUUAGGUAUGAACUCAACUAAUAAUGGAUAUUUAGCAUUCGAUAAUGUGAGAAUACCCAGAAUGAAUAUGCUGAUGAAAAAUGCCCAAGUUUUGAAGGAUGGUACUUAUAAAAAAUCAGUGAACGAUAAACUAACUUACGGUACCAUGAUUUUUGUACGUGUAGUUAUUGUUAGAGAUUUAGUAUCAAGUUAUAUAUCAAAAGCUGCAAUAAUUGCAACUAGAUAUAGCUGUGUCAGAAGGCAAUCAGAACUCAAACCAGGUGCUGGUGAACCCCAAAUUUUAGAUUACCAAACACAACAGUAUAAAAUUUUCCCAGCUAUUGCCAUUAGCUUAGCAUACAAAUUUGCUGCAUCAUGGCUUUGGGAUGUGUAUAAUGAUGUUACUUCACAAUUAGAACAAGGAGAUUUAGAACGAUUACCUGAGUUACAUGCAAUGGCUUGCUGUUUGAAAGCUGUUAGUACAGCUGAUGCUGCUGUUGCAGUAACAACAUGCCGUUUAGCUUGCGGAGGUCAUGGGUAUAUGAAUUGUAGUAAUUUCCCAAAUAUGUAUGCAAUGGCAUCUGCUGCUGAAACAUAUGAAGGAGAGAACACUGUGCUACUUUUACAAACAGCUAGGUAUUUGAUGAAAGCGUGUCAAGAUGCAAAAUCUGGACUAAAAUUAACUGAAACUGUAUUGUAUUUAAGUAAUUUCAAAAGUUUAAGACGUAGGAACUGGAUCACAGAUUUGGAUUGUAUUGGCAACGCAUUCUUACAAGUUGCUGGAAGUAAAAUUGAGAAUUGUUACUUUGCUAUUAAUCAACUAAUCAAUUCUGGGAUGUCUCAAGAAGAUGCUUGGAAUGAAACUACUAUAAAAUUAUCGAGAGCAACAGAAGCACAUUGUAGAGCAUUUGUAAUACAAAGUUUUAUUACAACAAUUAAGACAAUACAUUUGUCUUCAGAAUUAAUGAAAGUACUAACAGAGCUAUGUAAAUUAGUAUGUGCUCACUGGAUGCUUAAUCAGAUGGGUGAUUUUCUUCAAUAUUCAAAUCUAAAACCAAGUGAUGUUCCUUCCAUACAGUCCCUGUUAGAAGAAUGUUUGAAACGAAUUAGACCCAAUGCAGUUGGUUUGGUUGAUAGUUUUGAUGUUCGAGAUGAAAUACUGGGAUCUGCUUUAGGAGUUUACGAUGGAAAUGUCUACGAGCGUCUAAUAGAAGAUGCAAAUAAAAGUCCAUUGAAUCAAGAGCCUGUUAACGAAUCUUUUCAUAAGUAUUUAAAGCCUUAUUUAAAAUCAAAUUUAUAAGCAUAAAUAUCAGAAUUCAUCAUAGUACUCAUUUACCUAAGAAAAUUCAAAAUUUGUGACAAAUCAAACAUUUAAAUGUAAUACUAAUAUUUUUAUCUAGAUUCUGUUAUUACAAUGUUGUUAUGUAGUAAAGGUUAAUUGUGCAAGUGGGUGGCUACAGGUGAAUUUUUAAGUGAUUAAAUUAAAUGAGUUUUAUUUUAUAUUAUUACUAUUAUGUAUUAUAUAUAUAUAUAUUUAUAAAUUAUAAUUAUACUAUGGUGAAUAUUGUAUACAACUGAAUCGAAAUGUAAAUGUAUUUGCCAAAUUAUCCUUUAUUGUUAAUUCGUUUUUUAUACUUUAUAAAUUUUUUUGAACAUAAAUAAAUUCUAUUGCAAUAUUUUA